UAACUCAACACAAAUUAUCCCACCUCUCUGUGCGAGAUAUUUGUUCACAAACACAGGCUUAAAUAUGACUUGGUGAUCACCAAAGCGUGCCAGUUUUCAAUUAGUCCCACCCUCUGCUUACAGCCCACGCAUGGCAUUUGAACUGGGCUCGUUUUGCACAUUAGAUAUCCUGUUGUUUUGUGUAUAUUUCAGGAACUGGUCCAUUUCGCUCAGUAAGUGAAUAAACCCACAAGAGUGUACGGGGUGAGGUGUGGCUGAAAUGGCGGCGAAGUUUGUACUGGACGUUUGAAUGGAUCUACCUUGCGGAACUGCCCAGUGCCGUGCGUAGUGUGUAUGACAGGAAGAGUACUGCUUUGUGACGGUUUGGAAUGACGUCCGAUGACGCGUGGAUGCGGUGAAGGUUGUGUCAGAACAAUUAUGGAGGGGGACAAGAAUGCAAGAUUCGUUUUCCUGACGUUUUCAACUGGAUAAAAGAUCUUUGUGUGAGAGGGGAAAUACGUCCGAAGCACAUGUUCUGUCAGAUGUGUCCCCGUAUCGUGCAAUGCCUUGCCUCUCGGUGCCGUAACCAAGACCGCCCGACGCCAAAGCCCCGCGCGAGCCCUUCGGAAAAAGGACCUCGCUAAUAGCGGUGACAACACGAUACUAGGAUCCUCUACCGUGUACUAUACAAUCGGGGCCAAUCUCUACAGCUGAAAUCUGAGCCGACCGUGUCACCCUCCCAGUAGUGCUGUAACAAGCCUCGUUUGUGCUGACUGCUCGCACGCAAUGUUCUCUCAAGACGCUGCGUCUUAAGAAGGACCUCAUCAGACGUCUUACAAGAAAAUGCCGAAAAAGGCGAGGACUUUGCGAUUCGACAAAACAGUGCGGAACUGCAACAUCGGUGAAGAGUUGGGUAUCUCAGCUGGAUUGCGUGUGGUUUACGUGCCACAACUUACAGCACAGGUGCCUGGGCGAAGCUGAUGGUGUCCUGAGCGAAGAUAAGGAGGUGCCUGGUGGAUACCCGGUGAUAGUGGGUGAAUUAGAGUUCCGAGUAGAACCACCAUCGCCGCUCCAGCCAGACAGGCAGCCGCCGAACCCACUAGGACCCCGCCGUCACAGAAAAGCAUUCUUCGGUUCACUGGGAAGACUUAUGCGGCUCGUUUAAAGAUGGAACUGACUGAACUCCUGGGUCUGGUCACGUGUCUCUCCCUCACAUCGAUAUCAUCCAACGGCCCGCAAAGCAUUGUGGUCUCUGGGUACAUACUACAUCCGGAACUCAGGGGCAGCCCUUCAUUGUUGCUGCGGCAGAAACGAAGCAAUAUCACCGCUGACGAGACGACGGUUCUACCGACUGAACUACCGACGGACAAUUUCAGAACCUCCCCGCCAAACGUUACUCUCAACACCACUGCUAACGUCUCGUCCUCCACAGCUGUCAAUCAAACGGUAGCGGUGACGCCGUCAUCAUUUGUCUCAACGUCAGCUACUACCACGGCAAACCUGAGCAGCGCAGCGACCAAUGCCAGCACACCGUCAGUGAGAACAACACGAUUUGCAACAACAUCUCCAAAUAUUACCGGCAACAACAACAACAACAACAACUCCACAUCCUCGACUUUUAGGGCAAGCACAGGUAUAGACCCGUAUGCCUCGGUCACAAAUCCAAAAUCCACCACCUCACAGAGAUCAACAUCAUCGUCGAAAGCAAUGCUCAGUACAAUCUCUACCUCUACAACAGCUAACCCAUCUACGGUGAAGGAAACAUCAACGGGGCUCCUCAGAUUUUCCUCCACGUUCUCUCCAAGACUGACUGCUGUGCAGUCCACGAAGCACCUGGGUAUGGCAAGGUCUACGAAUGUUUCACCUACGAAUAUGCUGCCAACGACUCCGGCCAUAGACAACCAGACGACGCUGCCUCCAGCGAAUGCCACAACUUGGGCGUGGUACGAUGACGAACAGGGUUUAUCUGACUUCCAGAAGACUGUGAUGAUUGUCUCCUUCUCCAUCAUUGGUGUGCUCUUCGUAGCCGGCUUCAUCGUUAGGAUAUGGAAUCGUUGGAACAAGGCUCAAAUGGAAAGACGUGAGAAUGAGCGAGAAUGGAGGCGCAAGUCCCACAAGAACGCGCAGUUCGAGCGGCGAGCAUCCGGGGCCUCCCGAACAUCCUCUGUCAACUCUAGGCAGGGGGUACGUGGCGACAAGCCUGUGACGGUCGACACCGUUGCCUUGGAAACCACUAAGAUCCCGGAUGUUGAGGACAGUCAUCCCUAUACCGUCGUCCCUCAGCUUCAUAUACCUGAUCAGUGCGUCCACGUCAGCGAGCCAGUCUCCGCACAUGCGCAGACGCGGUCUGACGAGUCCGCUUACUACGCAAAACCUAGCGUGGACACACAAGAGGAGCCCGCCGAAAGCUCCGAAACUGAGAGUAUGGCGGACGCCAAAAGAAGAGUAGACUCUCUUCGGGACGAUACCUCUCCGCUGUUAAGGAGAGAUUCUAAUCAGGUAUCAGCCGCUAAAGACUGCACGGACGCGUCAUUGGUUUCCAAGGACAGUAUAGACGCAGCGCAAAGUAGAGAAAAUAGAUUGAAACUGGACGACAAAUCGAAAAAGAAGGCCAUAGGAAAUCUAAUAGACAGUAAAAUAGAUGAAGCCCCGAAAAGGGAGCGUAUACCAAGUAGCAGCGAUGUGAAAGUGAGAUCUUUGCAUUUCCCAGCAAAGUCGCCAGGAGGAGGACGGGACCCCAAAAUGUCCGUACCUGAAGGACCAAAGUGGUUGUAUCACCACGGCUCCCUACCUUUGGACAUGAAAAAAUUGCCGCCUGAAUUUUUCGAGGAGCUUGGCAUUUCCCCUCAGGCUCUGUUCGAGCCUGUAGAGAGACUCAACCUACAGGAGAUCUGGAAGCCGAUGGGAAGAACUCCAGCGCCCCCUAUUGAGGGGCAUGGGAGUUUCAGGCGUUCCCUUGCGGAAAACCUGCCUCCCGAGCACGAGGACAGAGAAGUGCUGAAGGACACGUAUGAGGAUGAAACUGGGAUGAUGAGCACAGAGCUAUAGUGCAAAAUAACUAGCAAAGUAUCAUUGGUAGUUCUUGACACAUGAUAAGUUUGGGGAGAUCAUGACGACCAUGCCUGGUGCUGUUAGGCAGCUGUAACACCAUGUUACCUAGUACCUGAGUUCCAUGAUGAUCCACCAUAUUCUAUAAUCAUAUCUGCAGAAUACUGCUGCACAUUAUUAUGUAUAAGUAACAAUCUCUCAGUGCCACAUACUACAGUUCCUCCGUGAGGACUUAGUGCAUGAUGUUUGCAUAUGCUCAUAUUCUGCGCUGGACGCCUUGUUUCCAACUUAUAUCCAUACGUAUUACUGUUAUUGUCGCAUUCUGGCUCUAUUGAUUUCGUACAGUUUAACGUCUACAAUUUAUAAGCUGUAUUUAACAAACAGACCCCUCGAAUAAUAGGGGGAAGUGCAGAAGUGUAUAUUUCAGGACUCUAGAUUUUCUAUCAUACAGUACUAUGUCUGUGGCUUAGAAAAUGUGUUUUGUAUGUUGUUGCCUCUGUAGAUGUCCAAGUGUAAAUCAAGUUCCGCACAGUGCUAUGAUGUAAAUGUAACCAUAUAUUACAAACCCCAAAAAAUGAAAUACUGAUCUUUUCAUUGUGUUGCUUUUUACAAACAUGAGGCCCAAGCCCUUCUAAAGACCCACAAUUUUACAAGACCAGCAAGCUUUGGUGGUUCAUAAAGAAAGACUCUAAUAUAAUUUC